CGCACACUCAGUCCGCCCGUUCCCACUCCGGCACUCCCUCCCCAAGCUAGGUCGACGCCACCGCUUGCAUGCAGCUAGCAGAGCCGAGAGAGCCUGAGCUUGACACGCAGCCGCCCAGACCCAGCCAGCGCCGAGCCAGCGACGCCAUGGACGCCGUCUCACUCUCCUGCGCGGGCACGGCGCCGCGGAGCGCGCUCCUAUCCCACUCCUUCGCCGACGCGGCCAUCGCGCGCGCGCUCCACUUCUCCCUCUCCGAUCACGCCCCGGCCGACCCGACGCCCGUGGCGGCGGCGGCGAUGCUGAUGCACGGCGCCGUGGCAGCAGGGACGACGGACUGUCCCCCGACGGUCGCAGCGCCGUCGCCGUCGUCGUCCGCGCGGUGCCGGCUGGGCCCCGCGGGCGGGCACGCGGGGAAGCGGCGCCGGCCGCGGCCGUCCAAGCGCGUGCCCACCACGUACAUCAGCACCGACGCCGCCACCUUCCGCGCCAUGGUGCAGCGCGUCACCGGCGCCGACGAGGCCGACCUGCAGGCGCUGCAGCAGCAGCAGCAGCAGGACGGCGUCCUCGGUCUCGGCGUCCUCCUGCCGCACCUCGGCGUCGAGCAGUUCCUCCAGGCGGCGGGACACGCGCCGCACGUCGCUGCUGCUGCACCGUACGCGACGGCAACGCCCUCCGCGGCGGCGGCGGAGCAGCAGCAGCCGCUGUUCCCGACGCUGGACUCGUGGAACGUCAUGUACGGGAAGAAGAACGAGGUGGUCUCAGCCCUGACUGCUGGCCCAUGAAAAUUGAUCCCCGUCCGUUCCAUUCCAGGCGAGCUUCUAUGUGCUUCUGCAGCAUUAGCAUCUACUAGCUUGGAUGAUCAGAUCAGAUCAGCUCAGCUCAUGAUUUGAUCCCUUCUUUCUCCCUGGUCGCGGAGAAGCUGUACAUGACAUAUUUACAGUUGGGGUGACCUCGAGUGGUCUAUGGGUGGAAUAGCAUAGUUGUGUUUUAAUCAGAGAACCAGGGACAGACCGCAGUCACGCUUUUAUUGGUUUUGGUUACUGAAUAUUUCUGGGAGGAUAAA